AUGAUAAUCACACCACAUUACAUCAUGACUCGAUUCGGUGCGGUGCAUCUUCGGCCACUGAGCCUAUUCUUCGCCCUGCUGGCGUUGGUCGCCUUGUUAGCUCAGCCAUCGACUGCUGUCCCGGCAGUGACACGUCGAGGAAAGUAUCUGUACCAAGGCAACGAUCGCUUCUACAUCAAAGGGAUCGCAUACCAAGAACCUGCCCCUGUUGCUGCAUCGUCUGCAGCCAACGACGAAAACGGCGGCUUCCCGGAGCCAGACAGCUUCACAGACCCACUUGCCCUUCCAAGCGCAUGCACACGCGAUGUUGCCAACUUUCGCGAUCUUGGCAUCAACACCAUCCGCGUCUAUUCGGUCAAUUCGAGCCUCAACCACGAUGCUUGCAUGUCCACUUUCAGCAACGCCGGCAUCUAUGUCAUCCUCGAUCUUGCGCUACCCCUCAACGGUUCGAUCAACCGCGCACAGCCUAGCUGGGAUGUAGGACUGCUCAACCUUUACGCUACUACAAUCGACGUCUUUACGAAGUACGACAACUUGCUGGCGGUCAACAUCGCCAACGAGGUCGUCACUCAGCCUUCCAAUGCCGAUUCCGCUCCGUUCAUCAAGGCAGCGGUCCGCGAUGUCAAGGCUUACCUGCGUUCCAAAAACUCCAACGUGCUAGUGUCGUACUCCUCCACGGACGGUGCCUCGGGUCUCAAUCAGUGGCGAGACAUGCUUGCCUACUACCUCACGUGCGGAAGCGCAGACCUCAGUAUCGACUUGUACGGUCUCAACUCCUACUCUUGGUGUGGAAACAGCUCCUACACCGAAUCCGGGUACAACUCCUUGACAAGCGAUUUCAGCUCGUUGCCAGUCCCGGCCUAUCUGGCCGAAUUCGGUUGCGUUGAAAAUGUCGGCACCAACAACCGUCCAUGGACCGAGGUGCAAGCGCUCUACUCUACACCCAUGACCAACACCUUCAGCGGAGGCGUUGCCUUCUCCUACUUCCCACAGCAGUCCGGUCUCGACUACGGCCUCGUCAGCAUUUCCGGCGACUCCGUGACCACCCGUAGCGAUUGGCAGACUCUGAAACGAGCUUUCGCCAACACAUCCGCUCCCACCACCACCCCUUCGGGUUCCACUCCAUCCUACCCAACGUGUCGUGGAAACACCAACAACUUCCCUGCCUCCACCGCUCUCCCACCCACCCCCAACCCCGCACUCUGCUCAUGCGUCGAAUCGAACGCCUUCUCCUGCGCUCUCAUCCCGUCCACGUAUAACUCUCCCAACACCGUCGGAUUCCUUACAGGACAAGCGUGCACUUAUCUUUCGGAUCAAGGCGGAUCCUGCGCACCGAUCCAGUCCAAUGGACAGGCGGGCGUGUAUGGAAACUACUCGUUCUGCACUGCCGCCCAACGACUGGAGUGGGCCAUGUCGCGCUUCUACCAGAUCACCAACUUCAACCGUGACUCGUGCAACUUUGCGGGUAACGCCACCGCCAAGGUUCCACCGCAGCCGUCGGGCUCGGCGAUCGACGGUGCGUUUGCUACUUGCUUGAGCCAAAAUCCAGUGGGUGUGCAGACGCCGAUGCCGGAUGUAGGGGCGACGACGAAUAGCACCGCCAGUGCAGGAGCGGCGACACCGUCGCAAACCGCGGCGAGUGGUGGAAAGGCGAAUGCUGCAGUGCAGAGUGGAGGUGGAAAGGUGGUAGGCGUUGUGACGCUCGGUGCGGUGAUGCUUGGAGUCUUGGCGCUGCUCUGA